AUGACACUUUCAGCGUCUUGCGCGAACUGUAAGAGCUUAUUUUUGGCACACUCCCAGACUCGGACGUUCCCGCUAUGGCAAACGAGGACUACCAUGUGGUGGAACAAGAUCGGCCAAGUGCUUGAAAAUUCGGUGAUAGACAGACACGCGUUGGGACCUGAGAGUGGCAGAAGGUUGCCUGGAUCCGCUAAAAUAGGGUGUUCCAAAGAUGUCAAAGGGGACAUGCGCGUGCCCACUUUUCAGAGGAGGAGAGCCUGCUUCCAAUGCGGUGACUUCGAACGUUGCGAGCGCCAAGAAUACGCGGAUUCGAUGGCGCUGAGGCGCAGGAAGACGUCGGAGGUACUGACGAGUUCGAUGAAGACGAAGACGAAGGUUCGUUGCAUCAGAAGAGCGUCGCCGAGCACCGCUAGCGUGUGCAUUUUGAACAAGUUUAUGAGCGAGGUCGAUUGUCCGGACGACGGCACGUGGCUCGUGAAUCGAGACUCCGCUCAAGAAGGGCUCGAGGGGAAUGAGCCAAGUAUUGACGACGAGAGCACCAUCAAUGAAAGCACGGCCGAGAGCCACGAGGAGAGGCUUAGCGAGAAGAAUACUAGAUGUCGGAUUUGGAGCGCGGCCAACAACGACAUUGAGUUGGAUCGGCAACUUGGCAAUUACUUUGUGUGUUUAAAUCAGAGGAACAGGUCUGAUUUGCCUUACAGCGUUUUGGAAAGUAUUCCGAAAUUCACGUGCAUGGAUUGCUCUGUCAACUUGCUGAACAGUUUGUCUAUUGAUAUCAGUAAACUGACUACGUUGAGAGAGCUAAAUUUGAGCUUCAACAACUUUCGCGAAUUUCCUCUUUUCCUGUUGUCUUUGACCCGACUUCAAUACGUUGACAUUUCUUCGAGUAAGCUCGAGCUCUUCCCGAACUCCCUGAAUACCCUUCGACACCUGAGGUUUCUUAUUGCCUCGAACAACCGCAUCAAGCACCUGCCGCAGUCGUUUAGCGAGUUGAACGAGUUGCUUUUGCUGGACCUGAGUUUCAAUCGCCUCAAGACGUUUUUGGAUCGGCCUAUGAGCAACCUUUGCGUGCUGAACCUCUCCCACAAUCACUUUCGGGACGUUCCGAAUAGCGUUUGCCUUUCGCCGUUGCUGAGUCUCAACAUGAGCUACAACAUGCUGGAGUACCUUCCGGAGAACCUUUCGAGUUUGAGAAGUUUGUUGAACUUGGAGAUGUCCAACAACAAAAUUGUGUGCUCGGAGAUUUCAAGUUGGAGGGCCACGUUGCGGACGCUGGACUUGUCCUACAACUCCUUGGUGUUGAUUCCUUCGUUCAUCUAUACCAUGAGAAGGCUGUGGCGGCUGGACUUGUCUUACAACAAGAUCUACGAGCUGUCCAAGGACGUGGUGCAGCUCGAGUCGCUGGUGUACUUCGACGUUUCCAACAACUGCCUGGACUCGGAGACCGAGGAGAUGAUAUCGAGCUUGCUGGAGAACAAGGAGUCCGUUUCCGAGACCAAGUCCGAUCCGGACGCGGUGUUGAAUUCCAACCACAUCACGUUGGGAAAGUCUCUCGAGCAGUUGAAGGAGAACAGGGACUCCGCGACGUGGUGUCACAUGAAGCUGGGUUUGAUUGGAGCGAAGGAGUCCGGAAAGUCGUCGCUCGAGGCACAUCUUUCGUAUUACUUCAGCAUCAAAUUCAGACAUCGCUUUCGAAACAUGGUGAACUACGUCGACAUUUCGGAAGUGACCUCCUACUACAAAAAGAUGUCCACGGAGAGCGUCAGGAUUCGGGGGUGCGAGGCCAUAAACUACAGCCGAGAUAGGCCGCCAGUCGUGUUUUCGAUUUGGGAUUUCGCCGGACAGGCGGAAUACAUGCCCAUACACCAGCUGUUCAUUACGCCGAACGGAAUUUACGUGUUGACGUUCAAGCUGACGAGCGUGGACAUAGCGAGCCUCGGGUACUGGCUCAAGAUGCUGAAGGUGAGAACGGGCGGGAGAAUUACGGUGUUGAUAGUGGGGACGUACCGCGACAAGAUCGCCAACAAGCGCGUUUGCAAGUCUUUGUUCGAGAAGAUGCACAGGCACUUCUCCAUGUGGUAUCCGUUCAUUCGCGGGUACUUGGCGAUCAGUAACAAGAGCGAGAAGGGAAUGCAGAAGCUGGUGAACACCCUGCUGGAUUUGGCCACUGGAAGUCAGGCCUUGAGGGAGUUGGUGCCGAGGACUUAUUUGACGUUGAAGACCAAAAUCAAGGGCUUGGUUCGCGCCAGUCCUAUAAUUUAUCUGAGCGAGUUUCAGCAGAUGAUGCUGGACACGAACAUCGCCAAGGAGGACAUCGGCAAUUGCCUGGAAGUUUUUCGCAACGCCGGCCUGGUUAUUCACUUUGACGACGAAAACACGAAGGUUUUGAAAAAUUUGGUCAUUUUGAACUCGUCGUGGCUGGUCAGCUUCAUCAGCUCUAUCAUCUACGGCAGGCAAGACGUGAAGAAGACGGGCCUCCUCUUCAAGGAAGACUUGACGCAGAUAUGGCACAAAUACGAUGACACUCAUCGCGAGUGGAUGUUCAAGAUUUUGGAGGCGUUCGAGAUCGUUUUUUUGGUUCCAAGUAGCAAGCUGAAAUUUGUCAAGUACUAUUUGUUGGCAGCUCAGGGAGACACGAUCUGCGACGUCGACACGAGCAAUACGAGGAAUACGAGCGACAGUCCUAGAUCUUCUCGAGAAGAGAACCUGAUUGUCAUCCCGUGCUUGUCUCCCGUUUCUCCGAAUCCCUCGACUAUCCUCGCUUUGUGGAACAACUCCAAGCUCUUGGACGAGUUGGUCACUGGACGUCGGUACGAGUUCGAGUUCGUCCCAUUGAGUCUGUUCUUCAGGCUGAUCAUUCGCACAAUUAAUUGCUCUUGGAUAACUAUUCUAUACUUUUGGAAGAACGGGAUGAUUAUUGACACCCCCAACGAGCGCGCUCUGGUGGUCAACGACGAAGCCAAUUAUUGCUUGAACAUUUUCAUCCGACAGAAGUUCACCUGCUCCUUGUUCAAUGGGCCAGCGUCCGACACGAACACCGCCUGCAACAUCUUGUUGAUUCAGUAUCUGGCUGACAGCGUCGAAACGCUUUUGUUCAGUUGGUACAGGUCGAAGCCCAUCGUCCUCGUCCCUUGCUACGUUUGCCUGACUCGGCCGGACUUGGACUUCAUCUCUUUGUCCAGCAUCGACGUGUAUUACUUCUUUCUCGAAGAGUGCAUCCUUGCCGCCAGGAACGGCAUAGAGUACCUGGUGUGUCGCUUGAAUACGUCGAAGCAGGAGGCCCACUCGAAGCAGGCCGACGGUCUAGACAGAACCGAUCCGGCCAACUUCCAGAGGUGCGUCACGCAUGGGCGCGUCAGCUUCGACGUGACUUCGCGACACUGGCGACUCUUCACCGACGAGCCCGACCCCACCGGUCGAGAGCACACCUGCUUGCUGAAGGUUUUGUGUAGCCACGUUGCCUUUCCGUACGCUCAGGACAUCAUCGUCGACAUUUCGGAGGUGAAGAUGAAGAAAAAAGUGGGAGAAAGCAGCUAUUCGGUCAUAUGGAGCGGCACCUACAAGGACGAGCCGGUCGCCAUCAAGUUCUUGAAAGACCAGACGUUUUCCCAGGCCACUUUUCUUUCAGAGUCUUACCUUGAAUUUCACCAUGAGAUGUUCAUCAUGCAGCGGAUCGACUGUCAGUACCUUUUGAUGCUCAAAGGAUUUUGUCCGAGUCCCUUGUCUAUUAUUUUUGAAUUUUUUCCUCUCGGAUCUCUUUACAGCUGUCUAAACGAAAAGUCAUCAGGACCCUUCAACUGGGAGUACCGUCUCCGCGUGGCCGAAAACGCCGCCAGGGGCAUCGCGUACAUGCACUCCAAGGACUUGAUUCAUAGAGAUCUGCGCUCUCCAAACAUUUUGAUUUCGUCCAUGAGCUGCGAAGACGAAAUCGUCGCCAAGGUAAGCGAUUUCGGAAUGACGGUGUUUUGCAGUCACGUCAUGCGCGGGGGCGAAUUCAACGAAUGUUGGGCCGCUCCGGAGGUCCUCAACGCGGAGGAGUACAACGAGAAAAUAGACCAGUAUUCGUUCGGAAUUAUCUUGUGGGAACUUCUGCAAUUGGGCCAUCCAUUUCUCGAAUACGCCGAAACGUACGCCGGAAAGCCUCGUCUGAUCUUCUUUGCAGCCAUCACUGAGGGCCUCAGACCCUCCAUACCGUCAGACUGCCCCCCUGAAUAUGCAGAGCUCAUUCGGAUGUGUUGGAACGGAGAUCCCGAUGCUCGACCGACGUUUUCUGUAAUUGUCGACAAACUCGUCUCGUUCAGAGAGGCCGCUAGCACAUGGCCCCAACUGGCCCACCUGAGCCAGCCGAGCCGAUGA